CUCUGAGGCGAAGCGUGCGCGGGGAAGUGCAGAUCUAGGGUGCAGGCGGGGAGGCCGGGAGGAAGCAGGGGCGGGCUCAGGGAGCCCCUCCCUGGGGAGGGGGCGGGGCAAGGCUUCUCUCCAGCCCACAGCCUUCAGUUGAGAUAAAGCACUUGCAAAGCAGACGAGAAAGCAGCGCCCUAUCAGCAGAUUUCAAAUGAUUGCUUGAUAAAGAAAGGCUCUGCGCGUCUGCCCUGGUCACUUGCCUCGGAACCGCGCGACGGAAGGUGGGAGCCGGCCCUGGGCCCCCUGCUGUCGGAAGGUUCGAGCCGCGGGAGUCCUGGAGGCGGCGGCGGCGGCCCAGGAAGGAGCAGCAGCACCAGGGCUGUUUUUGCUCUUGCAGAACUCACAGGAUCGCAAAUAAGUUUGUAGUCAGAACCUUAUGCUGCCUUUUUGCUGAGGAGAGAAGCAGGAAGAUAAGAGCGUCUCCUAGGAACCCAGCGCGGGAGGAACGAGGAAAAUUCUUCUAAAGAUGGUAUCCCACUCAGAGUUGAGGAAGCUGUUCUGCUCGGCCGAUGCAGUGUGCUUUGAUGUGGACAGCACGGUCAUCCAAGAAGAAGGAAUUGAUGAGCUGGCCAAAAUCUGUGGCGUGGCGGAUGCUGUGUCAGAAAUGACAAAGCGAGCCAUGGGCGGGGCAGUGCCUUUCAGGGCUGCCCUCACCGAGCGCUUAGCGCUGAUCCAGCCCUCCAGGGAACAGGUGCAGAGGCUCAUAGCCGAGCACCCCCCACACCUGACCCCUGGCAUAAGGGAGCUAGUAAGUCGCCUACAAGAGCGAAAUGUUCAGGUUUUCCUAAUAUCUGGUGGCUUUCGGAGCAUCGUAGAGCACGUUGCUUCAAAGCUUAAUAUCCCAUCAACCAAUGUAUUUGCCAAUAGGCUGAAAUUCUACUUUAAUGGUGAAUAUGCAGGUUUUGAUGAGACGCAGCCAACAGCUGAAUCUGGCGGGAAAGGAAAAGUUAUUAAACUUUUAAAGGAAAAAUUUCAUUUUAAGAAAAUAGUCAUGAUUGGAGACGGCGCCACGGACAUGGAAGCCUGUCCUCCCGCUGAUGUGUUCAUUGGAUUUGGAGGAAACGUGAUCAGGCAACAAGUAAAGGACAACGCCAAAUGGUACAUCACUGAUUUUGUAGAACUUCUGGGAGAACUGGAACAAUAAUCAAUUUUUAUAUAGUUCACAACUUCAAAUUUUUAAAAGUUAUACAGUUUGGUACGAUUUGUUUACAAUGGCCUACUACAACUUGAUGGAUACAUUUGGUACUGAUUAUCUGUACUUCCAAACUUUAGAAAGUCGCUUUUUUAAAAAACUGUAGUUCAGUAUUAUUAUGACCACCAAUUACCUGGAAAGUUUUAUAAUCUGAAUUCUUUGUGUAUUUUCCUACCUUUAUUUUAUUGGAAGGUUUUUAAAGGUGGAGAGUAAAUUAAACACCUUCCCUCCUGAAAAUGUGGAUUAGGCAGUGAGUUAUUAGAAAAUUAAUAUUAGGUGAAUAUUAGUUUUCCCUUUGAUAUAUAAAUAAAAGUUUAUCCAUGUAUCAGAA